AUGGCCUACGGUCUGGGUAUUCCCAGGCUCAGGCUUAACAGCCCAUACUGGCAAAACUUUAUCGGCGGCAUCCUCAUCGGCCUGACUGGAGGGCUUUAUGCCGCUCUCAACCUCCUGGGUGCCGGAGGUGGUAAACCCAACUCGUUCGAGGUCGUCCAAAUCGCCAAUGCCACUCUCUGCGCCGUCUACGCCGUCUCAGCCUGGUUCGGGGGGACUAUUCUGAAUACGAUCGGCCCUGCCUUGACUGCCUUUUUCGGUGUUAUCGGAUACAUCCUCUACGUCGGGAGUCUGUGGUACUUUGACCAGCACGGCAAAGAGACUUUCCCCAUUAUCGCCGCUGUCUGCAUUGGUAUCUCUGCCGGUUUGAUCUACGUGACGUCCGGAUACCUGUCCAUGUCGUAUUCCGAGGAGAACGAACGUGGAAAGUUCGUGGCGAUAUCUAUCAACCUCCAGGCCCUCGGCGCUGCAAUUGGCGGGCUGAUCCCUCUCAUCAUCAAUCACAACAAGGCUACCAGUGACGGUGUCCCCCCAGCGGUCUACAUCGUAUUCAUCGUCAUGGACUUUGUCGGCUGCGCGUUGGCGUUUCUGUUGCGACCUCCGGAGAAGGUGGUGCGAGACGACGGGACCAACAUUGCCGUGGUCAAAGCCCGGCCCUUCUGGGACGAAUUCAAGGGCAAUCUCGAAGCUUUCAAGGAUUGGCGAAUGCUCGUCAUGAUCCCUGCGUUUGCCGUCAGCGAAUGCUUCCUCGUCUACGGCGGCAGUGCCAAUGCCUUCCGCAACAGCCUCCGCGCCCGCAGUCUGCUGGGAUUCUGCUCUGUGACGCUGCAGAUCAUCUGCGGUUGGCUGUUGACGUUGCUUCUUGACAACGAAAAGCUUCGUCGACGAACCCGAGCCCAGAUUGGCCUUGCCAUUACUGGCGUCCCCGUGAUUGGCGCCUACAUCUGGGAGAUGGUGCGCACGCGCAACUACGACAGGAACAACCCACCGUCGCCACCCCUGGACUGGAACGACCCCGACUUUGGGGCCAUCUUCGUACUGUUCAUGCUGAACUGGGUGUCGUGCUCGCUGUUCCAAUACAUGAUCCUCUACUUUUUGGGCUGUUUCACCAACAAUCCCCGCGCGGCUGCCAACAACGCUGGUGUCUUCCGAGGAUUCAUGGCCGCCGGAGAAGCCAUCGACUUUGGUGUCGACAGCAUGGGCGUGCCGUUCUUGAAAGAAUCUGGUGCUCUGUUUGCGUUCUACACCGCCGGCGUUAUCGCGAUGGGAUACCUGGCGCUCUACCACAUCGACGAGACAAAGUACUUUACCGAGGACGAGGUGACGAUCCCCAAGCACGUCCUAGAGGAGCACGACCACACCAUUGUGAUAGAUGGCGUGUCCAAGGGCAAUUCACAGACGGACGAGGAGGCCACUGCCGGCGCCACCACGGGCAAGGAGGCCAUUGGUGUGGCUGAGGAGGUCAAGGAGUGA